UAAAUCUCGCUUCAAUUAAUAAUUUUAUUGAAGAAGAGAAAGAUGAGGAAAAUAAAAGUGAAAAUAAUAAUAUAUAUGAUGAUGAUUUGUUAACCUGUGCCAAUUUAAUUUUGGAGGAAACUGUAAAUUUAAAAGACUUAAUCUUUCAGGAUAGAGAUUUUAUACCAUAUGAAGCUUCACUUAAUACUCCAGGUGAUACAAGUAAUAAUAAUAGUGAAAGCAACACAAAUAUAGAUUUUAAUCCUAAAAGUCUUGUUGAUAUGAUCUUAAAUAAUUUAGAGGAUUAA